CUCGGCUAAAAUCAGCUUUUUAAUUCUAAAAUGCAGAACGAAGAUAACAUGAUAUUUCUUAAAGCAUUGGUAGAGUAUUGACCACAACGUACAAUAUUAUUUCAUUAAACUUAAACUAAAAAAAACAUUAUUACAACAUGUUAAAACUUGUAACUGGAAAACUGGCAUUUGUUACUGGUGCUGGAAGCGGUAUCGGAAGAGAAGCAUGUCGAGUUUUAGCUCGAGAAGGAGCCAAAGUUGUUGCGACUGAUCAGAAUAUCAAGACUGCUCAAGAAACUGUGAACACUUUGGAAGGCGAUGGACAUAUUGCAUUAUAUGUACAGGUCACUAAUGAAGAAAGUAUUCAGGCUGCGUUUAAAAAUGUUACGAAGCAAUUUUUAAAACCACCUACUAUCAUUGUUAAUGCAGCGGGCAUUGUGCGAGAUAAUUUCCUAGUAAAACUCACUGUAGAUGAUUUUGAUGAUGUGCUCAAUGUUAAUUUGAAGGGUACCUUCAUGGUCAUGCAAACUGCUGUCAAAGCAAUGAUAGAAGCAAAUACAACAAAAGAUUCAUCAAUUAUCAAUGUGAGUUCUAUUAUUGGUAAGCUUGGAAACAUUGGACAGACUAAUUAUAGUGCAUCAAAAGCUGGAGUAAUAAGUAUGACCAAGUGCGCUUGUAUGGAACUCGGAAAAUUAGGAAUUAGAGUGAAUGCAAUAUUGCCUGGUUUUAUAGAGACUCCUAUGAUCGCAGGUAUACCAGAUAAUGUAAAAGAGAUGUUUAUAAAGAAAAUACCUUUACAAAGAAUGGGAAAACCACAAGAGGUGGCAGAAGUCAUAGCAUUUCUGGCUUCUGACAGAAGUUCCUACGUAAAUGGUACAUCUAUUGAAAUCACUGGAGGGAUGAAUUAAAUCUGUAAAAUUUUACUGUAUCAGAUAUUUACAAAUAUUUGAAUCUAUAGAUUUAUAAAAAACGUAUAAUAUAUUACA